AGUGUUAUGUACGUUAGUAUUGGUAAUAUAAGAGUAUAGUGUAUAGUGAACAUCAGGUGGAGUCGAGAAACUGUACAUACAAUUAACAUAGUUUUCCUUAAUACAUUCCAACUACAGUAAAAAGUGUUAUAUCGUAAAAGUGUAGCCGAAGUAUCAAAGAAGCCCCGUCAAAGUUACUGCAUCACGAAUCGGGGCUAACGAUGUUUGCUAAGAAAAAGAAGAAACCACAAAUAUCUACACCAACAAACUUUGAACAUAGAGUACAUACAGGAUUUGAUAAGCGAGAGGGUAAAUUUGUCGGAUUACCAUUACAGUGGGCUUCAAUAGUGGGCAAUAAUCAGAUCCUUAAAUCAACCAAUCGACCAUUACCGCUAGUAGAUCCAAGUGAAAUCACACCUACAGAGAUUCUCGAUUUAAAAACUAUAGUGCGAGGACAUAAUGACCCUAGAGUUAAAGUAUUAAUAAAUGAUAAGACUACGGAGAAUGGAUUACCCAAGACCAGUACAGUUGCAAGAUCAAAUUCGCUUCGUUCUUCAAGUCCGCCACGACUUAGGAGAGAUUAUAGGCAUAAUACUAAUCUUCCACCCUCUGUACCCGAAGGACAAGAAGUACCCUCAAAUACUAGUCAAAUACAAGGAUUUACAAACUUUGGCAAACCACAUAGUUACCUUGAAAAAAUGCGACAAAAUUCGCCAAGUGUUACAUCUGGAUUAAAUCCUAACAUUCAAAAUAUGAUUCCAAAUCUUCAAAAUUUAAAUCCCAAUAUGCAGUCUUCACCAAAUUUAACUCAUACUGGACAAAAUGCUCCUAAUUUAUCUCUUAAUUUUCAAAAUUUAAGUCCAAUUGUUAAUUCACAAAGCUCCACAUCAAAUCCAACUACUCCGCAAGUUCCAGAGUCUGAGUUUCACAGAUUAAAUUCGCAAAUGACAAUUGCAUCGAAUCAAUAUAAUGGCAAUCUUCAGAUUCCAAUGAAUGAAGUAUCUACAAGAGAUCAUCAAGUUGCUCAGAAUAUGUUACUACAAAAAUUGCAACCAAAAAUAUCGCCAGUUGGAUCAAUAGCUUCACAACGACCUCUGAGUCAACUAAGUUCUCAUAAUAUUAAUAAAUAUCCUCAAAAUUAUAAUAUGGGUGAAAAUUCAACUGUGAUGCAACCCCACUUGAAAAAACCAAUGGAAACAUCGCAGUCAAUGCAUAACUUAUCAAAGUCAAAUGUUCCUUCGACAGUUGCUGGAACUGCUCCAACUCCGGAUCAAAAUCAAAAUAUGAAAAACGCUUUAUCAUCAGGUAAUUUAACAGUUGGCUCAAGUUCGAAUAGUUCCAAUAAGCAGACUGCUGAACAACGUUUAACUCAUGAACAAUUUCGAGCAGCUUUACAAAUGGUGGUGAGUCGAGGUGAUCCUCGAGAAAAUUUAGAAAGUUUUUUGAAGAUUGGAGAGGGUAGUACAGGAACUGUGUGUAUAGCAACAGAUAAAAGUACAAAUCGUCAAGUUGCAGUUAAAAAGAUGGACUUGAGGAAACAGCAAAGGCGAGAAUUGCUUUUUAAUGAAGUUGUUAUCAUGAGGGAUUAUCAUCAUCCUAAUAUAGUUGAGAUGUAUGAUAGUUUCUUAGUGGAUGAUGAACUUUGGGUAGUGAUGGAAUAUUUAGAAGGUGGCGCAUUAACGGAUAUUGUAACACAUUCGCGCAUGGAUGAGAGUCAAAUUGCGACGGUGUGUUCGCAAUGUCUUAAACCACUAGCGUAUCUACAUUCACAAGGAGUUAUUCAUAGAGAUAUUAAGUCUGAUUCAAUAUUACUUACGGCAGAUGGAAGAGUUAAAUUAUCUGAUUUUGGUUUCUGUGCUCAAGUCUCCCAAGAAUUACCAAAGAGAAAAUCUCUGGUUGGAACCCCGUAUUGGAUGAGUCCUGAAGUUAUUUCAAGAUUGCCAUAUGGACCCGAAGUAGAUAUUUGGUCAUUAGGGAUAAUGAUCAUUGAAAUGGUCGAUGGUGAGCCACCAUUUUUUAACGAACCUCCUUUACAAGCCAUGAGACGUAUAAGAGAUAUGCCACCUCCAAAAUUGAAAAAUUCUCAUAAAGUAAGCCCACGUCUUCAAGGAUUCCUUGAAAGAAUGCUUGUUCGUGACCCAGCUCAAAGAGCAACGGCAGCUGAAUUGUUACAACAUCCAUUUCUUAGGCAAGCUCAAAGUCCAAGUAUUUUGAUUCCAUUAAUGAGAGGUGCAAGACAUACAAAUUGUUGAUAGUUAAUUCUGAGACGACCCUGAUGGAACCCUGUGUAUACAGUCAUAAUUAUAUUGUAGAUCGUGUAAAGUUUAAUAAUGUUUAGACAAUUUAUCCUAAGAAGUUUGAACAUUCCAAUUAAUUCUGAGCUUAUACAUAUUAUUUAUAUAAAAAUAUAUGAACUGUUUGCCAAUAAUAUUAAUGUUAUAAAAACAGAAUGUUUCUAAAAGCCAUGUAAUUAAUUGUUCUCGAAACAGUUUCUAAAUAGUUACUGAACAAUUUACGAACUUGUAUAUAUCAUUUUGUUCAUACACGUAAUUGAUGAUAAUAUUGGACAAAUCGACAAGAUAUUUAUUUAUAUCUACUCCAUGUAGAAUAAAUAAAAAAAGUGCCUUGACUAUAGAAAGAUAUUCAAAACAUUGAUAUUUGAUGAUUCACUGCCAUAAUAUAUUUUCUUAAAAUAAUUUAUAUACACGAAUUGAAAGAAUACUUUAACUGACUUAUUGAAUUAAGUUUUGCAGUUAAAUAUAUCAUAUUAACUUUCAAAAUAAAAAAAAUGUAUAUUUCUAUAUAAAGUAUUAGUGGCGGUGGAUGUGUAAAUUUAAAAGAAAAUAGCAAUUGCUUAUCUGUCGUUUUAUGUUUUAAUAAUAUAAUUAAUAUUUCACCAAGUAUCACACAAUGUCCAAUAAGUUACUAAUUAAAUAUAAUUUAAAGAAUUAUGUAUACAACACAGAUUAUUUAGUCUAUUGACAAAUUGUUGAUAAGAAUAAUGUGCCACGUAUGCUUUUUUAUUU